CGCGAAAUCGCAAAUAGGCGUGAUUUGUUUACAUAUCGUAUUUAUUCCAAUUUUUAAUGAUUUGUUGUGAAAGUGGUUAAAUUAAAAUGAAGUUUCGUGCUGUAAUGAUAGACGCAGGACCCAUGCGGGAAUUUACCAAUAUCGUGGGUACUAUAUCAAAGAUAUCAAAAGAAUGUGUUCUGAGGUUGUCUGAUGAUCAAGUAUACUUUAUCGUGAGUGACGAGAAUAGCGGUCCGGCGCCCCCUGUUCUUUGGUGCGAGAUGCCACAAGCGAUGUACUUUUCUGAAUACCAAAUGGUUGGUUUGGAUGAAGGGCAUAAAGAUAUUUACUUAGGAUUUAGUUCAGUUAAUUUAGCCAGAUCGCUAGUCACAUUGAAAUCUGCAAAAUCCUUGAAGAUGAAACUUACUAAGAAGCAGUGUCCCUGUCUUACAUUGGAAAUUGAAAUUCCAUCCACAACUUCACAACAGACGCGAAAUGUGACUCAUGACAUUCCAGUUGCUGUGAUCCCACGAAAGAUGUGGGAAGACUUCCACGAACCAAAAGUACCACAACCCGAUAUAUCCAUAGAGUUACCGUCACUCAAACAGCUCCGCACUACGAUCGAUCGAAUGAGGACUAUGGCUUCAGAAGUGGUGAUCAGAGCGUCGGCAGAAGGUCGACUGACGUUGCAAAUCAGUACAGACAUGGCCAAAGUGUCCACUAGGUUCAAGGAUUUGAGAGUUGAGACUUUUGAUGGUCCGAUUGAACAUUCGGACUCCGAAACGGAAACUCAAAACGAGGAUAUAAGCAGAGUGUGCCACUGUCGUGUCGAUGCGAAGAAGCUGUCCAUAUUCCUCAGUGCAGACAGUAUAUCCCACAACAGAACCAUAUGUAGUAUUGUGCAUAAGAAACUUGUGAUAUUGUGCUUACAAACUGAAGAGAACGCAAAGUUACAGUGUUUUAUUAACGGGAUUGUGUAUUGAAGACGCAUAGUUCACGACUAUAUUCUACAUUGGGGUAGUCUUAGGUACAUCCAUAGCUAUAUGUACUAAGUACCCACAGAGAUGAUUAUUUAUUAUUUGACAUUUCACGACUUUACAGUGCAGAAACGCCAAUGCGGCGUGAAACUUUCAAUAUAAACAAUAAUAUAAUUAGACAUAUGAAACUUAAGUGGAAACAGUAUAAAUCAUAUUUAAUUUUCACACAUCAUCUCGCAGAACCUCAGACACUCGCGACACACAUACGUCCACUCACUCACAAACAGACGUCACACCUCAUCGAGGAUGCGUUAGGAUUAGAAUGAUUCCAUAAAGCUACACGGGCAUCCAGAAUGAGUCACAUACAAACAAGCUAGGCUAAAACAGGCUUGUGAAUGCUGCUACUGCUGGGCAAAGGCCUCCCCUUGAUUCCUCCCUUCGAUAAGUGUUGAGGUCACCACACCAUUAUUUACGGAGUCUGGCUUGACUAAAGUAUAUUGAUGGGAGAGGAUGGUUAGUUUAAAUUGCUUCUUCACCACAUUGUCCGAAAGUAAGAUGAUCCGUGCUUCGGAAGGCACGUUAAGUCGUUGGUCCCGGUUACUACUUACUGAUGUAAGUAAGUAGUCGUUACAUGAGCCAUGUCGGGGCCUUUGGCGGCUCAAUAGUAACCCUGACACCAGGGUUGAUGAGGGUGGUACUCCACCUCACAAACCACACGAUAGAAGAAGAUCCAAAACACUUGGUAAAAAGAAAUCCUAAAAUGAUUUACGUAGCUACCUGAAAUAAAAUGUUACUAGUUACUACUAUGAAAUAAGUUGGUACUAGAGCUAUGGGAGCAAAGUUCAAUGCGCUGUAAACAGUGCUGUGUUUACAUCUGUAUUUUGUAAUCGCAAGAAUUGUUAACUGGCAAAGCCGGAAAUUAAAAAAGUUUUUUAGAAAA